CGGCAGAAAAUUUGUCUCUUGAAUAUGUAGUUCGAAUGGUCGGUAGGUGAAAUGCGGCGGACUUUGACAUCCAUGUCGUUGGUAGUAUUUGCUAAUUCCUGCAGGCUUUCCUUAAUUAAAUGUUAUCCAUAUUACGCAAGGCAAAAACACGCCGUGGCAUAAUUCGUUUGAUGUGCAAAGGUGAACGACCAAAAGAGCAGGAUAAAAACAGACCUAUUGUUAAAGAAGAAGAGAUCAAACGUAAGAACAAAAACUCUCCACCUGAACCGCCUACGACUUGUUGCAUGUCCGGGUGCCCUAAUUGCGUUUGGCUAGACUAUGCAGAGGAACUAAUUGAGUAUUACAAGGAUGGGGGAGAACAGGCCAUAAAGGAAAUCAACGAGAAGAUCACGGACGGCAAUUUAAAGGCAUUCUUGUUACACGAGCUGAGAAUGAGAAAGAAAUGACGAUGAAAUAUGUAGAAAUAAUUGGGGAAUAUAAACAAUACUUUACAGUACAAAUGUGGCAUUAAUAGGAUAUAUGUUAAUGGUUUUUACCUGGAGAAACAGUUCUUGACAUUACCAAGAUUGAAUGGAUGAGAGGAGUAUUUAUAAACACAUACUUGUUGACAUCUGUAUUAUUGACAUUUGAAAUUGUCAACUCAUUUAUUAUACAAAAUGAACAUGACAGGAAUAAAAUAUUACCAACAA